UGCAGGGGCCGCGGGAGUGCGGCCGCAGCUUCCUGCGGGAGAGGGCAGGGAAGACCGGAUGGCGUCUUUUAAACUGAAACCCUGCCUUCGUUUUCAGGCGGGAUGGCGCUCCCCUCCCCCAUCCCGAAGGCAGUUCCAUCCCCUGUGGAGGAUGCCUCCACCCUGGCUCGCCUCGGCCCCCCGCUGUUUUUUUCCGAAAGGCAUUUUUUUUACCAUCUGUGAAAACUUCCUGUAAUUCAUUUUUCCUCACUCCAGUAUUAAGAAUUAUACCAAAUUAAAAAGAUAUGAAUGAAUAUCCUAAAAAAAGAAAAAGGAAGACUUUACACCCUUCUCGUUAUUCAGAUUCCUCUGGAAUAAGCAGAAUUGCAGAUGGAUUCAAUGGCAUUUUUUCUGAUCAUUGUUAUAGUGUUUGUUCUAUGAGACAACCAGACUUAAAAUAUUUUGACAACAAAGAUGAUGAUUCUGAUACAGAGACAUCAAAUGACUUGCCAAAAUUUACAGAUGGAAUCAAGGCCAGAAACAGAAAUCAAAACUACCUGGUUCCCAGUCCUGUACUUAGAAUUCUAGAUCACACUGCCUUUUCUACAGAAAAAUCUGCUGAUAUUGAAAUUUGUGAUGAAGAGUGCGACUCCCCUGAAUCAGUCAACCAGCAAACUCAAGAGGAGAGCCCUAUAGAAGUUCACACUGCUGAAGAUGUUCCAAUUGCUGCGGAAGUGCAUGCAAUUUCUGAAGAUUAUGAUAUAGAGACAGAAAACAAUUCCUCUGAGAGUCUCCAAGACCAAACUGAUGAAGAGCCACCAGCUAAACUUUGCAAAAUUCUUGACAAGAGCCAAGCUUUUAAUGUGACUGCCCAGCAGAAAUGGCCUUUACUGAGAGCUAAUAGCAGUGGCCUCUAUAAAUGUGAACUUUGUGAGUUCAACAGCAAAUAUUUUUCUGAUUUAAAGCAGCAUAUGAUCUUGAAGCAUAAGCGUACUGAUUCAAAUGUCUGUCGAGUAUGCAAAGAAAGUUUCUCUACCAACAUGCUCCUGAUCGAACAUGCCAAACUGCAUGAAGAGGAUCCCUACAUUUGUAAAUACUGUGAUUAUAAGACAGUAAUUUUUGAGAACCUCAGCCAGCACAUUGCAGACACCCAUUUUAGUGAUCACCUUUAUUGGUGUGAGCAGUGUGAUGUACAGUUCUCCUCAAGCAGUGAACUCUACCUACAUUUCCAGGAGCACAGCUGUGAUGAACAGUACUUGUGUCAGUUCUGUGAACAUGAAACGAAUGAUCCAGAAGACUUGCAUAGCCAUGUGGUAAAUGAGCAUGCAUGUAAAUUAAUAGAGUUAAGUGAUAAGUAUAACAAUGGAGAACAUGGACAGUACAGCCUCUUAAGCAAAAUUACAUUUGACAAAUGUAAAAACUUCUUUGUAUGUCAAGUAUGUGGGUUUCGGAGUAGACUUCAUACAAAUGUUAACAGGCAUGUUGCUAUUGAACAUACUAAAAUUUUUCCUCAUGUUUGUGAUGACUGUGGGAAAGGCUUUUCAAGCAUGCUAGAAUAUUGCAAACAUUUAAAUUCACAUUUAUCUGAAGGGAUUUAUUUAUGUCAAUAUUGUGAAUAUUCAACAGGACAGAUUGAAGAUCUUAAAAUUCAUCUAGAUUUCAAGCAUUCGGCUGAUUUACCUCAUAAAUGUAGUGACUGCUUAAUGAGGUUUGGAAAUGAAAGGGAAUUAAUAAGUCACCUUCCAGUCCAUGAGACAACUUGAUUGUUCUCUUUAACUUCCAUAAUGUUGAUGUAAAAUAAUAAAUUUGACUUUUUUGCAGAUGUUAAAAUGGAUGAUUUUAAACACAACUUAUGAGAACUGUCUUUAACAAGAUCUUUUUAAAUUUUUUUUCUUGGCAUUGCUACCUUUUUCAGUAUAUAAUUGUAUCCUAAAUGUGGUAUUUUCAAUGUAUUGUAGUUGGUAGUUUUAACCGCUUUUGGUGACUAUCGUCGUCUGGCAUGUUCUCUGAUUUCAUAAAUCGAUAAGAAACAGAUGUACUGAAGAAAUUAGACUAUAGUUUUCCUUCCGUAAACAUAGGUGCUGUAAACUUUUUCUUCUUUAAACUCAAAACAAGAUCAGUUUUUCAUGUAUGAAGUCGUUAAAGUACUGUACUACCAGAACUAAAGUGCAACAUAAUAUGCACCUAAGUCCAGUGAUACUCCCAUUAAUAAGAUCCAGACCCUCCUUUUGCAUUCCCCAACAAUUAUUAUCCCCAAGGCAAUCAGUGAACUCCCCAUCUGUGUGAUUCUUUCAGUGACACUAGGAGGCCAGCGUUAUGGUAAGAAGGAGAGAUCUGGUUUUCUUGGCAGUCUUUUUUUAAUUCUCACUCUAUUUUAACCCCAUCUGUGUGCUAAAUAAUUUUAAAUGGGGAGAAAGUGGUAAGGGGUUCGACAAUAAAGUAACAUUUCAUAAUUCAUUUAUCAAUGAAUAAACAGGUUAUUUAUAAUCUGUUCACAUUUCAUUUAGAGUUAUGCAACUGCAAAGUCAUGCCCGAACUUCUGAUAUCAAAUCAUUUUCUGAGAAAACCCUCUGAAGUAUUAAAAUAGAAAUAGGAAGAUGUGGGAGAUAGGGGUUGCUGUAUGAAAAUGUAUAGAUUACUUUUGAUAGUGGUAAAUCAAUCUUCUAUAUUAGUUUCCUGUGGCUACCAUAACAAAUUAUCACAAACUGAGUGGCUUAAACAAUAGAAAUUUAUUGCCUCACAGUUCUAGAGGCUAGAAAUUCAAAAUUGAAAUAUUAGCAUAGUUGAUUCCUUCUGAGAGCUGUGAGAGAAGGAUCUGUUCCCCGCUGCUCUCCUUGGCUUGUACGUGGCUAUCUUCAUGUUCACAUCAUCUUCUCCCUGAGUGCAAGUCUGUUUCCAACUUUGACCCUUUUACAAGGAACCAGCCAGUAAUUGGAUUAGGGCCCACCCUGAUAACCUCAUUUUAACUUGAUAAAGACACUAUACCCAAAUAAGUUCAUAUUUUGAUGUACUGGGGCCCAGGACUUCAACAUAUGAACUGAGGGGAGUGAGGGAGAGGCACAACUACAAUUCAGUAACAGCUUUUUAUAGUAUCAAGGAGAUAGCAUUUUGUGCAUCAUUGACCUCAAAUAUAAUAAAUACUGUCACUAACUAUAUUGUCAUUCAGAAAUAUUGAUGUAGUUGAAAAGACUGAUUUAUGACCCACAGUGUUUUUUUUUACUUCAAGACCCAUGGGAAUUGAGUCUGUUUUGAGAAUGGUGGCAGCAACAAGUUUUUCAAAACCAAUCAUUUUUAUUUCCACCAUUUUGUUAUAUAUGCAUACCUGUAUUCCUAAAAACUACCAUUCUAUCUGAUUAUCACAUUCCAGGUAGAGCUGUCUGAUGUAAAUAUUUCUUAGAAGAUUUAAAAUUAUAAUGAAAUUGUAAGAAAACAUUAGAAACCAUCUGGUCUACACCCUCUAGGUUUCUAAGUUUCUUACAGAAACAGAAACUUAGGGUUAUUAUUAGGCCAGGGUCCCAAAACCAGUUAUAGCAGACAGGAGUGGAAUCCAAGUUAUUUGGCUUCCAGUGUAGUUAUGUUUCCAUUACACCAUGUUACAUAAAAAUCUAAGAUUUGUCCUUGGGAUGUUUUUCAUAACUACGUAACCUAGCCAUUCAACUACCUUCUUGGUAAUUCUGUCUAUAAUUUUUUAAUAUACAUCCAGCUUCAGGAAUUUGAUUUUCAGGAAACAAACCUUAAAUAAAUAAUGCCUGGGUUUUUUUUUUAAUUGUGUAUUUUACAGCUUUACUUUUGAUCAGGUGUUAGUAAUCAAAUUAGAGAUUGUAAUGCAACUACUCCAGAGGUAUUAAAUCCAAGUUUUAGAACCAUAUAAUUUAGUGCUUUUUUGCUGAAUCUGCAGCUUGAGGCCACAUCUCACUGACAGUUUGUCCAAUAAAACCUUUUUGCUUUGACUCAGCUUUCAAAUAAGCCUAUGACUGACCAUAAAUUGCUGAGGUAGCAAGUCUAUAUUUUUAGCUAAAUGAACUUCUUUGGAAAAACAAACCUACUUAAAAAGAAAAUUUUCUAAUUGCUUCUAGAUUUUUUCUGUGCAAAGACAGACAUUUCCACUGUACUCUUGUGACUCGAGAAUACGUAACAGAUGGUGAUGUUUAUUAGCACUACAAUAGAAUUCUUGGCAGUAGUGAACAGUAGUGAUCUUUUUUUUUCAUCUUCACUUUGCAGUUCAUGUUAUUUGAAAAUGAUUGUGUGGUACUCAAAAGCUUGUAAAUUUGUAAAUUUCCUGCUUGUGAACUUGCCAGUUUUACCAUUUUAAAUCACCUUUCUCAUUCCUCUGAGUUUGUAUCAUCACAUAUUAACCAGUUUCUCUGUUUCACAGGGUCUGUAGCCUGUUAGGUGAUUGCUGAAUUAUUGGCAGGUGUAGCCAGUAGUGUUUUGUUUUUCCCCAAUAAACUAACACUAUUCCUAGUUUUUAAA